AUGCAACCUCUCCUCGGGAAGAGCCCUCAGCCAAACAGUGAACCCUCGAAGCUCCUCGAGAACAUCUGGACCUUUGGCUACCAGGCUACCACCUCUGUCCGACUCCUCCAACCUCAAAGACUGUUUAAGAUUUCCCAAGUCCCAAGAAGCCAACAUCUCUGGCGAAGCGAUGUUUGUGCGCUCUGGUUGCCCAUGGCAUCUCCAGAGCCGCUAAAAACCAGGCCGGAUUCGCCAAGAGGCAUUAGAGAGCUUUUCGACAGCGUCCGCGGAGUUGUGGUAGAGAGCCAGGGUCGCAGGUACUCGUGCCGUCCUCAAAGAGGAACAGGUCAGAGUUCUUAUCCCCAAUGUGGGAAAGAGUCGGGCGCCGUCUUUCUCCAAGGUCAGCCCACCAAGGAUGCGUUCGAUCUCAUUUAUCGCGAUGCGGUGUGGGGCGGGAACGGCGUCACCAGCUCCAAGUCAGGAAGAGGCAGCUCUUGGGGUGUCGGGACAAAGCUGCUUUGCAAGACGAUCACCGAAGCCUUGAUGGAAGUCGCUGCGGAGAGGCAGGCCGCAGGCCAGAGCGAUUUCGAGCUGAAUCUUCUGGAUGCUCCCAGUGGAGAUUUCUUCUGGAUGCCCGGAUGUCUGGAGCACAUCUCCUCCAAGCUUCCGGAAGGGGCCAAGCUGAACUAUCAAGGAGUCGACGUCUCCACGGUGGCGAAAGAUACAGCUGAAGGCAAGCGAGCGUCUGCGCAAGCGUCGCUGCCCAAAGUGAAAAUCGAGCCUUUCCUUGCGAUGGACCUUUCAGAAACGAACAUCCUUGAGCGGACCUUUCCGGGAAAGAAGUUUGAUGUUAUCAACUGCCACGAUGCCCUUCAGCACAAUCCUUUGAGUCAGGUGAAGGAAAUCGUCGCGAACUUCAACAAAUGCGCCAAUCGCCUGGUGGUGGAUGUAGACAUGGCCGGGACAAAUGCGCAAGACAUCAGUCCAGGACAGUUCCGCGCUAUCGACCUGACCGACGCCCCCUUCAACAACAAGCCGGAAUGCCUGGUGGUCAAUCCCGAUCCUGUGUCGGUUCCCGAAAGGGAGCACUUCGCCAUCUUCAAGCUGCCUCUGAAAGCGUAG